UAAAACGGGAAUUACCUGGGUGACCUUUCUCAUACUUGAAAACUAGAACGUUUACAUGCUUUCUAUUUGUCUUUACUCGCAAUCAACUUCACUCGAAUUUCAUCGCUAGAUAGAAUUGUAUGGAUUAAUCCAUACACCAAGGACCCGGGUUGAUAUUUAGAACCUGAACCACUAUAUUGCAUUCCUAGAUUACGAUUAUACUUGGUUGUAGUUUAGUUGUUUUGAUAAAAGUGAGUCAAGUUUUUGGCGCCGUGCCGGGUAAUGGCUAGGUUAUUGAAGAAAAGUGGCUUUCUGUUUCUUUAGCAUUUACUUUUCUGCAUUCUCUUUCUUCCACCUAUUUGCCCUCACGGGUUGCGUUUUCAGCAUGUGUGCAGGUAGUGCAUAAUUCGUAGCCAGUCGGGAGAGCUACUUCCUUUAGACCACGAACUCGAACGGACUCUUCGCUUGUCCAAGAAAACACUAAAGGACCGAAUGGUUGUGGAGGAGCCCAGGCUAUCAUUGCAAAAAGAUCAGAGAGCGAAAAAGAAGAGAUGGGGGAUACUAUUAAACAAUUGGGGGAUCCGAAUAGCGCUUAGCCAUAGCCAGCAGAGCGGACUAUGGGGUACUACUUGACCCCUAAGACCGAGGAUCUUAGGUCUAGCAUCCAGCACCCGCAAGUUGCUGCCAACAACUUCGAGUUGAAGACCUCGGUCAUUCAGAUGUUGAAGAGUUCUUUGGACUACAAUGGGGUCGUCAAGCGAGCAUGAGCAAAUCUGCAGCGAAUCCCCGAGCUAAUCCAUGGAAUUAAAAUUAUGGGUUAUCUCAAGAAGCAAUCCAGCUCUACUACUUCCCCUCUCCCUAGAUGGACUAGUCGAGACGUGGCUGGGUAAUCGUGCACCAGGGUCAGUCCCCUCAUGGAAUGAUUUGGUGAACAAAUUCCUGAAUCGCUACCAUCCUCCAUCCAAGACAACAGAUCUGCAAAAGCAAAUCAUCCAUUUUGCACAAGAGGAUGAUGAAACCCUUCGAGAUGUAUGGGAGAAAUACUCUUGUCUCUUCUUUAAGUCCCAAUCACGGGUUCAACAAUCCCUUCAAAAUGAGCAAUUUCUAUGGGAGUGUCUUUUUCAAAGACCGAUAGCAGAUUGAAUUGAUGUGCAACGGGAAUAUGCAGACCAAAACUCCUCCAAAAAUUAAUCAAUUGUUCGAGGAUCUGGCAGAGAAGGGCUAUGACAGGGGAGCUACAAAGAGAACUCGGAAAGUUCAAGGUCAUGAUGUGCAUGUUGUGGAAACUCAAUCAUCUUCCCUGGUGGACGUCAUUUCUAAGUUGGUUACGGCGAUCGAUCGUAACAGAAUGGUUAUCGACACAGGCCAGCCUCACGUGAUGUACUGCCAGUGGUGCAAGAGCACGAAUCACAUGGCGGAGGACUGCUAGACUAUGAGGGAGUCUAAAACACCUCAGGAGGAGCUGAAUUUCAUCAGCAAUGUCAGACACAUAGACCCCUACAGUAACACUUACAAUGACGUGUGACGCCAGCAACCGAACUUCUCAUCGGGUGGCAAUAGCAAUACUAAGCCACCAGGAUAUCAGGCUCCUGUGAGUGGUUAUCAAAACCAUAGAUGACAGUUCCUUCCAAACAGGGGCAAACCUUCCCACUGCAGCAACAUCGGUAUUUCCAGCAAUUGGGUGUACCUUCAUCGACCCCAGCCCAGCAUAGUCUGAGCUAAGAGAUAUAGAGAGCACUCUUGCCAAAGAAACCAGCAGGCACUUCUAAAGGGCAUGGACACCAAAAUCGGGCAACUCACUGACGCUCUCACCUCCCAACCGAAUGGCACACUUCCAGGGCAUCCAUUGCCCAUCCCCUGAAAAAGAGCCACUGAUGCGCCAAAACACAACACCAAUCUGCGACCAAGUGUAAUCGCAGACCGGGAAUGCAGUAACAGGCAAGUUAUAUUAUCAACCCGGGCUCUAGAUCUACUGCUUACUCAGUGAUUCUCUGUUAUCUAGCCAACUAGAGUAAGUGAUUGUUGUUUAAACUAAAAGCAGAAAUGAAGCAGGAAAUUAUUC